AUGGCGACCACGACGGACAAGAUUCCGCACAGGGAGCGGCGGCCGUCGAUGGGAGCUCCCAUUGUCGACAUUCAGGGCGCGGUUGGCCCCGCGGGCAUCUCUCGGCCCAAGCACAAGCGCACACUUACCGGCUUUGGUGCUGGAGAGAUCAAGGCUGUUGAAGCCUCCAUUCCCGAACCCCAGCGCGAGGCCUGGCUUAAGCACCAGGUCAGCGGCUUCAAGGACAAGGAUGGCUUCGAGCGCGAGGUGGUGCGCCACGUCGAGACGACAUUGGCCCGAAGCCUGUUCAACUGCGACGAGUCGGCCGCCUACGCCGCUUGCGCCCUCGCCCUCCGCGACCGCCUGAUCCUCGAAUGGAACCGCACCCAGCAGCGCCAGACGUUUGCCGACUCCAAGCGCGUGUAUUAUCUAAGUCUCGAGUUUUUGAUGGGCAGGGCGUUGGACAAUGCCAUGUUGAAUGUCGGGCAGAAGGACCUGGCCAAGGCUGGCCUUGCUGAGCUUGGCUUCCGCAUCGAGGACGUCAUCCAGCAAGAGCACGACGCUGCCCUGGGUAAUGGCGGUCUGGGUCGUCUUGCUGCUUGCUUCCUUGACAGCCUCGCCAGUCUGAACUUCCCCGCCUGGGGUUAUGGGUUACGUUAUCGCUAUGGUAUCUUCAAGCAGGAGAUCAUCGAUGGUUACCAAGUCGAGGUGCCCGACUACUGGCUUGACUUCAACCCCUGGGAGUUCCCCAGGCACGAUGUGACAGUUGAUAUCCAAUUCUAUGGCAAUGUCCGCAAGUCGACAGACGAAUUCGGCAAGACUGUCUGCCACUGGGAGGGAGGCGAGAUGGUCAAGGCCGUCGCCUACGACGUGCCCAUCCCCGGUUAUGGCACCCCAACCACCAACAACCUGCGUCUGUGGUCCAGCAAGGCCGCCAGCGGCGAGUUCGACUUUCAAAAGUUCAACAGCGGAGAUUACGAGAGCUCCGUCGCCGAACAGCAGCGCGCCGAGACCAUCAGUGCCGUCCUCUACCCCAACGACAAUCUCGACCGCGGUAAGGAGCUGCGUCUGAAGCAGCAAUACUUUUGGGUUGCUGCUUCGCUGUACGAUAUUGUCCGCCGGUUCAAGAAGACGAAGCGCUCCUGGAAGGAGUUCCCCGAGCAGGUCGCCAUCCAGCUGAACGACACGCACCCGACCUUGGCCAUCGUUGAGCUCCAGCGCAUCCUGAUCGACCUGGAGGGUCUUGAGUGGGACGAGGCGUGGAACAUUGUCGUCAACACCUUUGGCUACACCAACCACACCGUGCUUCCUGAGGCGCUCGAGAAAUGGUCGGUCCCUCUGAUUCAGCACCUCCUUCCGCGCCAUCUCCAGAUCAUCUACGAGAUCAACCUGUAUUUCCUGCAGGACGUUGAGCGCAAGUUCCCCGGUGAUCGGGAGCUGCUGCGCGACGUUUCCAUCAUUGAGGAGUCUCAGCCCAAGAUGGUCCGCAUGGCGUUCCUUGCCAUUGUCGGCUCCCACAAGGUGAAUGGCGUCGCCGAGCUGCACUCGGAUCUUAUCAAGACUACCAUCUUCAAGGACUUCGUCAAGAUCUUUGGCCCCGACAAGUUCACCAACGUGACUAACGGCAUCACCCCUCGCCGCUGGCUCCACCAAGCCAAUCCGCGCCUGUCGGAGCUAAUUGCGAGCAAGACGGGCGACCACGGAUUCCUGACAGACCUGACGAAGCUCAACCAGCUCGAGCACUACAUAAACGACAAGGAGUUCCGCAAGGAGUGGGCCGAGAUCAAGUACGCCAACAAGGUGCGCCUGGCUAAGCACAUCAAGGCCACCACUGGUGUGACGGUCAACCCGUCGGCACUCUUCGACGUGCAGGUCAAGCGCAUCCACGAGUACAAGCGCCAGCAGAUGAACAUUUUCGGUGUCAUCCACCGCUACCUGACACUCAAGGCUAUGACACCCGAGGAGCGCCAGAAGCAGUUGCCGCGCGUUUCCAUCUUUGGCGGCAAGGCCGCGCCGGGGUAUUGGAUGGCCAAGCAGAUUAUUCACCUCAUCAACAGUGUUGGCGCCGUCGUCAACAAUGAUAAGGACAUUGGUGACCUGCUCAAGGUGGUGUUCCUCGAGGACUACAAUGUCAGCAAGGCCGAGAUAAUUAUUCCGGCGUCGGACAUCAGCGAGCACAUCUCGACUGCCGGCACUGAGGCGUCGGGAACCAGCAACAUGAAGUUUGUGCUCAACGGCGGCCUCAUCAUCGGAACCUGCGACGGCGCCAACAUCGAGAUCACGCGCGAAAUUGGCGAGCAAAACAUUUUCCUCUUUGGCCACCUCGCCGAAGAAGUCGAAGACCUGCGACACGCGCACGUUUAUGAGAAGCAGCACAACAUCGACCCGGACCUUGCGCGCGUGUUCGAAGAGAUCGAGAAGGGCACGUUUGGCAAUCCGCAGGACUUUGCGGGCAUGAUCUCGGCCGUGCGCGACCACGGCGAUUACUACCUGGUGAGCGACGACUUCCAGAGCUAUGUCGACACGCAGAAGCUGGUGGACAAUGCGUAUCGGAACCAGGAGGAGUGGGUUACCAAGUGCAUUGAGAGCGUCGCACGGAUGGGCUUUUUCAGCUCGGAUCGGUGUAUCAAUGAGUACGCGGAGGAGAUUUGGAAUAUUGAGCCAUUGAAGGUGGAGGCGGAUCAAGCGGCCGCGGCUUCUUCUUAG